ACGCGCGGAGCCUGCCGGUGCCGCCCUUCCCUGACCGGGUGUCGUGAGUGCCGCGUGCGGUCUCGCCUUCACCUGCCCGCCCACCUGUCCGCCGCCGCGCGCUUCGCGUCCACCCCAGCGGCCGAGCAAGAUGGCAGCCGAGGAUGUGCGGGUGGCCGAGCCGCCCAAGCCGGAGAUGGACGAGGACAAGCCCAUGUCUCUGUACCAGAAGACGGAGGCGGCGCUGAAGACCACCGGCGAGAAGGCGUCCGGCCUGUUCGCCGGCCUGGGCGCCAAGUUCAGCGAGGCCCGCGAGUCGGCCACCUUCAAGUCGGUCGAGGAGCGGGUCGGCACCAUGGUCACGACGGUCAAGAGCAAGGUUUCGUCAUCGCGCAGCAACUCGACCCAGUCGUUCGAUGAGGCGCUCAAAGAGGCCGAGGCCGCCAAGAAGCAGGCGGAAGGCGCCGCGCCCGCCGCCGCCCCAGAAGAGAAGCCACAGUAGUGGCGCCGCGGCCGGUCGGGUCGGCGAGUUCAGUUUCUUCCCCGGACCGCCAGGUGGCCACCUCCGCUGCUCGGCAUCGAAAGUGUCUCAUUCCAGUGCAGUUAUUUCGUUGAAAGUCAAAAGCAGUUUAUUUACACGUGCGUGAUAGUGAAGUCGGUUGUUGUGUUUCUAUUGCAACGUGUGUGAAAAGGUGGCGAAAACUGGGUGUCCUGAGCCCGUCUACGACUGCGUGGGUCACGAAAAAAUUAACGCAUUUUAACGCCUGGCUAGUGCAUGCUUCG